UUUAGCUGUUUAUAAUUAACAGUAAAGUAAUAUAGGUGAACGCGUCCCUUUGUUACUUCGCUCAGCAGGUGUGCGUUAUACCUUCUCAGUGCUUGCUCUUUCACUAUAACUGCGCACAGCACCGUAGCUUACACCCCGAAGAGCAAAAGUGCGGGAAAGUUUUGUUUUUUAACGGCAUUUUUUUAUAUUUUUAGAAAGAAAAAUAAUUCUUAUAUUUGGCGCGUCUGAACCAUUUAUAUUGUCAAAUAACGUUGAUUUAAGUCCUUUCGCGGCAAGAGGUAAGAAAUGUGAAAAAUUUUUGAAAUGUUGUUUUUCUUUUCUUUUUGUAUGUGUUUGUUUUCGGCCACCAGAAGGCCAUUUUUUCCAGCCUCCAUUCGGCUUUCCUUUCUUGACAGCUGACAGCAUUAGGGCAAAUUUUUAGGGAUAACGGGGCUGCCCAAAGUUAUUUCUGGGCAUCCCUGGCAAAAACCUGCGGCUGGUGCUGUAUGGAAGUCGGUGAAACAGCGAGCGGCACGGCGAAAUGAGCAAGUUUUUUUUCUUCUUUCCCCGUGAAAUUUGUUUGUUUCAUCACGGUUUAGCAGGGGCGCCGUUUUUUCAAACGCCAGGGGAUGGCUGGUUUUUUGUGAAGCUUCGCCAUCGCCGCGGUUGAUGGAUAGCUGUGUCCAGGCGUCGCACGGCGUCGCGAGGACCUCGGGUGCCGAGGAGUCCCUCUCGGGGGCUGCGUCCUUUGUCCCGGCCGCCCCGGGCCCUACGCAAAGCGCCUAGGCAGUGGUCCCGGCCAAGAUGUAAACAAUGGACCCCACCUUUGGAUUCUCGUCGGGGCUGCCAACACAGAUCCCGCUCUUCACCUCAGCUCACCGGCUCUUCAAUUUUUACAAUUUGGAGAAAGAGUCGAUGCUAUACAGCGAAUCCGGGCCUCGCGAUUCAUCACAGCAGCAGCAGCAGCAGCAAGGCGCCAAUGCAGGACCUCAGCAGCAGAAUGCAGCACUUUGUAUUGGCGGGGGUGGUGCGGGAAUCGGAGGGCCCCAUCCGGGCACUUCGGUGGGUACUUCAGUCGGCAAUAGCGUGCAUAGUAGUAGCGUGAGCACGCAGAGUAGCCCCGUGGGGCAGCCGCCGGGUCCCCACGGGGGUGCAGCGGGGGGGCCGCACCCCGUGAGCGGUAAGGUGGCCGCCAAGCGGGGCGAGUUUCCGUGCGAGAUUUGUGGCAGAGUCUUCACGCAGAAAGGGAAUCUGAAGAGUCAUAUGUACUGUCAUUCUGGAGAGAAACCGUACAACUGCGACGUCUGCGGCAAGGGCUUUACUCAGAGGUCGAGCUUGGAUUACCACCACACGCUGCACCUGGGCGAGAAGCCCUUUGGGUGCGAGGUGUGCGGCAAGCGCUUCACGCAGAAGGGCAACCUCAAGACGCACAUGAACUCGCACACGGGGGCCCGGCCGUUCCGCUGCGAAAUCUGCGGGCGCGGAUUCACCCAGAAGGGCAAUAUGAAGACUCAUUUGGCGACCCACUACGGGGAAAAGCCGUACGCGUGUGAGGUGUGCGGCAAGCGGUUCACCCUCAAGGGCAACCUCAAGACGCACGUGAUGGCCCACGAGGGCGUCAAGCCCUUUGCCUGCGAGGUGUGCCACAAGAGCUUCUCGCAGAAGCUCAGCCUCGAGUAUCAUAUGAACAGCCACAUGGGGCGCAAGCCGUACGCGUGCGAGGUCUGCGGCAAGGGGUUCACCCAGAAGGGCAAUAUGAAGACUCACAUGCGUUCCCACUCGGGCGAGAAGCUUCACACCUGCCAGGUCUGCGGCAAGGGGUUUACCCAGAAGGGCAAUAUGAAGACUCACAUGAAGAUCCACCUGCGACCGCCCGCCCUUGACAAGCCCUACUUCUGUGGCAUGUGUGGAAAAUCUUUUGUCAUGAAGUCAAGUCUCGAGUGCCACAUGGCUACACAUGUACCCAAGGGAGCACCUGCCCAGCACAACGGGCAGCCGCACGGGCAGCAGCAUGCCGCUCCGGGGGGCAACCCCGCCCUUGCCAAUCAUCCUCCUCACCUGACGCUGGGGCCCCAGCACUUGGCCGCGGCAGCCGCAGCAGCUGCUGCAGCUACCACCACGUCUUCUGCGGCUUCGUCGCCGGGGUCGCCACCGCCCACGAUGGUGCCUCCACGCAGCCUUACCAAUAUACAGGCAAGCAUGCAGAGCAUGGGAGGGUUGAAGGGUGUUCUACAGCCUGGGGCCUCAACUCCAACACCAGGGCCCAGCACAAGCGGGGCCCUGUGUGCGCCAUGUGCACCGCAGCAAGCGGAUAAGCCCACAGUAGUGGUGCCUGGGGGUGCUGUUCUCUCUGCCCUUUGAAAGGUUGGCUACAUCCCAGGAGACACCCCGGGACCCCUGUGCUGACUCAUACAGUGGCAAUCUAAAAGAACGUGGAUGUGUAAAAAAUGAUCUCCAAGUCGGGUAGCUUUAGUGGUGGCACGCCUCCUGUGUUUUGUAGAAGGAAUCGAUUGAGCAGUGUUUACGCCUCGUGUAACGGGUUUCUUGCAACCGGACUACCUCAAGCUGUUCCACUAUUUUUCCUGUCGUGGUGCUUCUAUGGAGGGGGGCUCUCUCCCCCUCUCAACCAGUUGCAUCACAUCGUUAAUGUUAGUGCCUUUCAAGACCCACGACGUUUGUACCUGUGCUGGCUGGGCCCACAGGCGGACUUCCGAAAAAUAACACGACGUGCAGCUCGUUUUUCCCCAUUCCGUGCUGCUCGGACAAUUUCGCCCCCACCCCCACCCCUUUUUUUUCUCUCUCUCUGUUUCUUCUCGUUCUUAGCACGUUUUGUCCCCUGGACUGACGCACAAAAAAAAAGACAAGGAAAAAAAAAACAGGAGAAUAAAUUCCCGCGCACACAAGUGAGGAGGGGCGGUGUCACCGUUUUAAAACUUGGUAGUCUAGAUUUGUUCUCGCUUUGAAGUUGAAGUCUACGGGGUGAUGAGGAACCUGAGUUACGUGGUUACUGUAUGGCAGCAUAGGGGCCCUCGUACCCAUAAGAAGGCACCCCAAGAGGCAAAACGGCAACGUGCGUCUACUGCACAAGCAAGAACUGUUGUCUGCGGCUUCGACCGUGACCUGCGACGAUAUGAAUACUCUCCCCACAGCCCAGGAUAAUGCUCCCCGCCCCCGGGAAGUGCACCGGGCGUUUCGCGUCGUCGUCCGUGCGUGCUGCUUUGUUUGCUGGCUCAGCGUGGGUGCAGGCGGCUUCGCCCGUAAAGCGACCUUAGGUGACCUGAGUGUGUGAAGCCUGGAGUUGUGUUUGAAGACAAGGCUGCAAGUUGCAGUUUUUUGCAGUGUGUAUCCUUUGCUGUUUGUAAGUGCACAAAACUUUUACAGGAGGGCUUUUUUAUUAUUUUUUUCUUUCUGGCAACGUGUUCGAGCGACCGACGCGCUGGACUGCAUUGAAUCGCGUGACCGACUGAAGAGCUCGUAUGCCACCGUCCUGCACCCUUCCAACUGUCGUCUUUCUGUUACGUGCAAGCGUGGAGCCUUCAUUUUUUGUCUGUUGUCCGAAGGUGGUGUGCCCCCUCAAUCGUAUUUUCCCCCCCGAUCCUUGUGUUGUGAAUGGCUUCAAAAGUGUUUAUGCAAGGAUGUUUAUGUCCUGUGUUGUAACUCUUCCUGGUUUUUAGCCCCACGGGCAAUGCUCAUCCCCAGUGAUUCUGUUGAAAGCUCUUGUCUGGAAGCACGGACUACAGCGCGUCUCAACGCUGCAAGGGACCGCAAAUCAGCGUGGAGAGCGCUUUAAGAAGAACCACUCUUGAAGCGGGUGCCAAGUAUCGACAUCCGAUUUGGGCCCAGCAGUGAACUCUGGCCAAAAACUUUUCUCCAUAUCGCACGAGGUUUCUGAGUAAAGCAGUCUCUUCAAAAACCCGGUUUCUUGCCUCGGCAGUCUCGAGAGGCGGAAUGAAUUUAGAUGUUCGUCACGCGCCUCCGAUGCGUUCUCCGAAAACAGGAAGAAAAAAAAAAGUAAUACACACACAGAGAGAAAGAAAGUGUUUUCAAGUGGUAGCAAGUAGAUAACUUAAUUGAGUGCAUUGUCAGUAAUGUGCAUGUGUGCGUGCGUGCAGUGUACAUACUUGGUCCCACAUUUGUCAGGGGGGCCCCCCCAUCACAUUGUCAGUCCUCUCAUCCGUCACAAAUUAGAAUCUCGUGAAUAUGCAAAUUCGCUGUUUUCAUUUUUGCUGCACAGUUGUGGAGGAGGACGCGCUCCGAUGCGUGCAAUCAUUGAAUGACGAACGCCAGCAGUGAGAUGAGAGGACGUUGAUGGAAGUGCACGCGCCUUUUUUGUACUGCGUGUCUUACGAGCUUGUGUUUGUUGCACCUCUAUCGGUUCAGUUAGUGUCCGUCGUAGCCUGUUCUGCGGAGCUUCUCCGUAUUUUGUUCCCUCCCAAGCUGUGCUUGGCAGUCACUGAUGAAUUCGGCCUUCGUGUUUUUUUCUUUUUUUUCUUUCGUUUCUUUUUUUUUUUUUUUUUUGCAUGUGCUUGCUUCCCCCAGGUGAGAUGUUGAUCACCUGGGAGGAGGUUUGCAACGGUUACAGAACGAUUUGGUUCCUCGGUGCUCACUGAACAGUCGACAGCAGUCUGCAACCGUGUUUUUACUGUUGUGUUUCUACUUUGUAGAUGAACCCUUUUUUAUGUGGUUCAGGCCAUUUCACAGUCCUCCCAUACAUACCUCGUACGUGUGUGAUCAUUCUGCAUGUAUUCUCGACGUUGCCGCAUUUCUUUCUCUUUCUUUUCUUUUUUUUUUUUUUUUUAAUUUUGCACAACAUUUGUACUUGUUUCGUGAUUGUCCCGCAGUUCUCAGCCUUCUGUUUUGUGCAUGUGGAAAACAUUUUUUCCGCGUGUCUUUCUCAUGUUUGUCUGGAAAGUGUAGAAAAAUGGGACAAAUUAGGAUGCCAGCAGGUCCACUUUUAAAAUGGUAGGUCGGUAUGUCAUAUCGUAGAUUUUAAGGUGUUGCUGUGUCCCGUUUUAGGAGAAUAAUCCUCUGUAAUCGCUUUUAUGGAUGUGAUGUCGGGUAAAUUGAAGGUCGUCACAAGCAUGUGGCUUGCAGCAUGGAAGAUGGGUCACAUAGCAUCAGUAUCCACAACAUUUCCAUUUACCUGACGCGAAAAACAUUGUCUCUUGAACUGUAUUCAUGCAAAUCGUGUAACCUCAUCAGUUUUUCUUGAGUUUUUUAUGCUACCAAUAAAAACAUACAAGUGGCA